AUGAGAGACCUGGGCCACGUCUGCCUGAGAUGUCGUACUCAGCUCCUUGUCGCGACUCAAGCCGCCCGCCGUCCGGGGACUCCUCGACAACCACCAUCGCAGUCGCCUUCAUGUCGGCCGAGCUACAGCUACACCACUUCCGCUCCCGGUAGCGUCGCCCAAGCCCAAGCCCAAGCCCAAGCCCACCAAGAAUUCGGAUCCCCUUUAGAGAUACAGAAGCAGCAGAAGCAGCAGAAGCAGCAGAAGCAGCAGAAGCAGCAGAAGCAAACGGCGACGCAUCACAGAAGAGAUAGAGAUGGAGCAUGGAAGGCACCCGCCAAGGGCAAAUCCAACCGCAGCCAUGCUUCUUCUUCUGCUCAUCCGUCAGAUACCGACGGGUCUCAGCUGGUCGCCAUGUUCAACGACAUAGUCCACGAUGUGCCCCAGCCCAGCGACAUCACCAUAUCCGAUAUCGAUCUGUUGGCCUUGGGAGGCCGGAUGGACGCCAAGAUCAAAAACAACAACUCGUCCUGCGCCGACGCCUUCAAGUUCUUCAAAAAAGAAAUCUAUCCCUUGAUCAAGGCCAUCUCGGCAAUACCAACUCGCAAAGUCCCGAAACCUGUCAUGCGCUCCAUAAAGGACCUGCUGCUGCCUCGUAUCUUGAUCGAAAAGACGAGAAACGUCCACGCCCCCGAGCUCCCAUUGACGGCCCAUAUCACCGAAAUCAUGCUCGAACUCGAUGCCUUCGAUCCUAUAUACUGGUCUCCUCUCAUCAUCGAGAUGAUCCAGUCCGUCUACCGCAUCGACGCAUCCCCUGACCGUUACACCAAAAUCAACGAGUACGAAAGUGCAAUGGCACGCCGUGAUCUGGUCCUUUUUGAUAUCGCCGCAACGUGGAAACAUUUUACCAAGCAUCGCUUGCCUUGGACCGUAGUCAAGGACGUCAGACUGGCGGGUGCCUCGAAAGCAAAUGCGAAGGCGCAAUUCUCUGAAGGAUUCAGCGGCCUCGAACGCAUAAUGUACAAUACCUUGGGCAGCCACGGAAGUAGCGAGAAUGCGCUUCACAUAUCGACAUGGGCUGCAUUUGGCUCAUAUAGUCUACUUACUGACCCUGUCAGGUGCUCACGUCUGGCUGCCAAAGAAGCUGGUCCCUUUUUGGAGGUCAUGGGCAAGAUAUUGGCUGUGGUCACGACACUAAAACCUACCGACUUCGAUCCGGUCGCGAGACGAUAUCCCAGUUUAUACGCAUACAUCAAGACACAGACACACCUGGGUUCCUUUCUGGCCGGCACUUUAAACCGCUUUGCUCGGCAGGUACAUCCAAUACUUCAAAUCAAGGCGACCGCCGAACAGGCUAUACAGAAGAAGAGCCUGGAACUGCUAUACACAGCCUGGGUUCAGCUUUGGGGCGAAGAAGACUCGCCGAAUCCGUCCCAGCUGCGGUCCUUCCGCGAAAACUCAAAGAUCUUCGAUAAAUUCGUAUAUGGCUUCAUGUUUCUUAGACGGCCCCAAAUGUCGGUCGAAGUCUGGAACAAAAUGGAACAGGCCGGCAUAAAGCCGACCAUUGAGACCUGGACGUCCAUGCUUCAAGGCGCCGCCAUGUCCCGCAACGUUAGCGCUAUCAAGCUCGUCUGGGAAAAAUUGUUAGCAUCCGGAAUGCAACUGGACACGUUCAUCUGGACGGCGAGGAUAAGCGGGCUCAUCAAUAACGGAGCCAUUGCCGACGGGCUCAAGGCGCUCGACGAGAUGGCCGACAAGUGGAAACACCAAGUGAGAUACCCCAAGCAAGCCGUCAAGCCGUCCAUCGAGCCCGUCAACGCCGCCGCCGUCGCUCUCAUCCGGCUUGAGCGGGACGACCUCGCCGCGGACGUGCUUCGCUGGGCGGCCAAGCAGGGCAUCCGUCCCGACAUCUACACGUUCAACACGCUCCUGCAGCGGCUCGUGCGGACCAACAAGAACGAGGAAAGCAUCGCCCUGCUCGAGAGCAUGAAACAGGCCAAGAUCGAGCCCGACAGCGCCACCUUCACCAUCCUGCUCGAAAGGGCGCUCAAGGGGAUCCACAAGCAGACGCCCGAGGAGAUCAGCUCGACGGUGAGCGAGGUGAUGCGCACCAUGGAGAGCAGCGGCGUAAUGGAGAACAUGAUGAUCUACGCGAAAGCCAUCUACCUUUUACUCCAAGAGGGGGACCGGGCGGAAACAGCCGUCAACGCCGUGCUCGCGCACAUCUGGAACCAAGGGCUCGAGCUCACCUCGCACAUCUACACCAUGCUAGCGGAGCACUACUUCGGCCGCGACCCGCCCGACGACAAAGCCGUGACGGCGCUGAUCGACAACCGCCGCCUACACUUGAAUGAAAACAUCGAUCACAUCUUCUGGGAGCGCGUGAUCAAGGGCUACAGCCGGGCCAACAACCCGGUAAAGGCCGAGCAGAUCUUCUGGCAGGUGUUCAACGCCGGCAUCACCGAGCUAACCAUGGACGCCAUGUUCGAGCUGCUGGCAGCCAUGAUGCGCCACCAGGGCAUGCUGGACAGCGCGGCCAAGCUGGUAGCGGCGCUGAACCCCAUGAAGGUUGCGGUAACAUCCAAUCAUGUGCUGGCGAGCAGGGACGUGGAAGAGCCAGCGGAGCGGGAGGCGAGGCUGGUGAGGAUGAAGAGUGAGAGGUUUUGGAAGCACAGGUUUUGGCAUUUGGCGUAUAAGGGCGGCUUGAUGAGCGAUGACUUGCUGGAGGCGUUUGAGAAGGCGCAUGAGACCCCGAGAGAUCGGGUUGGUGAGGAUGCGGAUGAGUAA